UGUGUUGGGUGGUGCAAGCAAGCAGCCGCUGAACUGUCGUCCACCCCACUUCUAACAAGUGACUCAUUUGAUGAGUGGCCUUCAAGCAGACCUCCGAACUUUUUCUUCUCCAGAAUUCAAAAUUAAAGAAAUUAUCAUAGCUUCACAAUGGACAAGUCACCAGUGGUAGUGGAUUUGGUGUCAUCUGAGGAGGAGGAAGAUGAAUUAGUGAUUCGGCCAGUGCUACUGGGAAAACGUUCUCGUGUCGUCAGCAGUAGCUCGGAGAGAGAUGAAGUUAUUGAUGAUAACAAUCUGGUUGCCAAAACUGGAGCAAAACGGGUUUCAAGACCGGCUCGAGAUCAGAGAGGUCAACAACAAAGGACCCGGAGUCCACCCCCAACUCGUGCGCCAGGUCCAUCUGGGGUGAUUACUGUAGCAAGAGGGAGUGGACAAGCCGUGACGAUUCGUGUUGUCAGACAAUAUAGAAGAGUCAACAGCAAGAAGUCAACGUUGCCUAACAAAUUCUGGUGCACAUAUUGUGUCGCAGGUUUUCCAAGAAAAGACGCACUGAUCAAGCAUGUAAAGACACAUGAGGGGAAGUUCAAAGGAAAAUCUUACAAGAAUAAGAAGGGGGCUUAUCCAUGCCCGCAUUGCAAUGUGGUGUUUUCUUUCAGCACCAAUCUGUCGAAGCAUAUCAAAGAGACGCAUGUCGUUCCAUCCCAACAAACCAUGACUCUGAAUGAUAUGAGGAGUAUAAAUCCUUUAAAUCACAAUUCAGCGUUGAAGAAUAGGGGCGAGGAUCCGUUGGACCCAAAUAACGAACAAUUUGAAGUGGACGUCAAAUUUAUGCUCAAUUGGGUGAAGGAAUUUGCUGCCGCUAAACAGCAAAAAAUUGACCUCAAACCAACAUCGGUCUAUUUGGCUGCGUCACUUGGCCCAAAUUUUGACCCCAAAAUACAUAAACCAUUCGAGUUUGUCAGGAGCGGAGAUGAGGGGAUCCGAUUUUACAUUGGUUUUAACUCUAAAACAAUUGGACUUAAUGACCAUCAUCUCCGGGUUCCCGAUAAUUCGCCGCUUGGGAAAGCUGACAAGGCUGGAGAAACGUGUGUCCUCCUAAAAACUUGGGGAUUUGAGGGGGGCUGUCAUGCCGAGAAAGUCAAACUUGCUCGUGCUUUGGAGGCAUCCUUGAUAGAAUUUGCCCUUACUAGCGAAGAAUUUAAAUCUAACGAUGGGAGGGAGUGCAAGUUCUACAACCAGCAACGAGAACUGGGUGCGUUCUUUGAAUGCUGCAGUGAGGAACAGCGGAGGACGGCGCUGGAGAAAGCAGUGAAAGGGGUCCCAUUCAUAUGCUGUCAAGAGGACUGUCAAUGCGAGGCGAUUGCACAUUUGAAGAGUGACGAGUGUAAUCCAAUCAAGUUCCCUCUAAAAGAAAAGAAUGUUGUCAGGCCGUUGAACAUUGGCUCGGCCUCAACAAAAUCGCCCCAAACGACGAAAGUGGACAAGAAGAAGAAGAAUCCUCUAGUCACCCCUGUCGAAAUCAAAGUUGAAGUACAUCGUCGUCUGAAAGACCUUCAGGAAAGGAGGCGACAAGACCCCGACCACGAACACCAUGUAUACUUUACGAUUUUGGCAAGAAAACAAGAUUUUCCUGGACUCCACACCGCCCGGGAUGUAUGUAGGGCAAUAAACAAUGGUGGACAUGCCCAGGCCGUAAUUUUAUAUUACGUGGGAAAAGGAGAACGUGAUGGGAUGAACAAAUAUCACAAACAUAGUCCUGACCUCAGUGCCGUUGCAAAGAAAGCAUCAGGUGGUGACUAUUGGGUCAUACAAAUUGCAACCUUCAAGUGUUCUGGCUUAGAGGAAGCGGAGAAGUUAGAAGCAAAGUUGUUGAUGUGUUGUUUACUGCAAGCUCGGAAGAAGAUGACCGGAACAAAUUUCAACCCAAUCAAUAAAGCCAUGCCAUGGUCGGCUUUCAACAAAUUAUCAGACGAGGAGAAACUGCAAUCCGUCCAAAUGGGAGUUGCUGGAGUUUCUCCGAUAACUUUGCAAGGAGUUGUUCCCCAUUUCACAAUGGGAAAAAUCUCAUUUCCCGUCAACUUGGGCCACGCAAUCAAGACCAAUAAGAUUUUGGAUGUCACCAGCGUUGCCCCUUCUAAGGAUUAAUUGUUUUACAUUAUACAUUCAUUUCUGAUUUAUGACAAACUUAUUAAUUUGGACAUAUUUUUCGAAAUAUAAAUUCUGGGUAGUUUGUUAGCAAAUUAAUUGUCUCUUUCCUCCUUCACUGCCACACUCAUUUCCACUUCUACUUAAUAUUUGCCUACUUGAACGUCUCAUUAUAUAUGAAAUUGGGUGUUAUUUUGCUGUUCCUGGUUUUUUAUAUGGUACGCAGUAGAUAUAAAAAUAUGU